CAUGAUUAUGUCUCAAAGUCGAUGGGACAGAAAGACUUACUUUUCAAUCAAAUCCGUCGAUAAACAGGCGUCAAUGUCUACUCACUUUCCAGCACUGACCGCAAACACAGCAUCUCGUCGUCUCAACUGAUGCAAAACGACUUCACCAGAACCAGUUCCACUGAUCCCGCUCCACCCACCUACCACCACUUUUCCUCUUCCCCUCCUCAACCUCCACAACAGUGCCCUCCCUCUCCAAACAUGGAGACAGUGAAUCUCUUAUCUGACUUGGACAACCCAAAACCGGACCCCGAAUCAAGCAGCCCAGAAAGGAAACAACAACCACCUGCACCUUCACAAGACCACCAACAUCACGAACACGACGAGCAAGACCCAACUCAUCCCCGCCCACCCAGCUCCACAGGCACGGAAAUCCCAACCAGCGCCCAACAGAAGCUCCCGUCAUCAGAAGACGACAUGCUCUCGGACGACCCAGCAGACAUGAUCGCCGACUUUGACUGGGAGCACCUAGCCGAGCGCUAUCACGACGCCAUCAGAGACUGCGACGCACGGGAGACGGAGCUGUUGCAAGAAUGGGAGAGCUUGAUGAAUUUCUUUAGAAUAUGGGCUGAGGCGGGACAUGCACACGAGACGGAUCGAACAUAUCACCGACUCCGCACACGCAUGACCUACGUCCAACACGCGGAAGAAAGCCUAGAAAAGAAGAGGCAGCACUACAUCCAAGUCGUCGAGGCCUUCCAGCUUGCGCUGCAGUUGCUCCAGACUCCUGUUUUGUGAGACGCUCAUGCUGGCGUAGGCGCGUUGCUGUUGUUAUAUGACGAACAAACGAUGACGGGGGUGGGAACAGACUGUCAUAGGGGCAUGUUGGGGAGAUGUAAUAUCUUCUAGCCCCUUGCGAGACGGCAUUGUCGACUGGAGGCCGAGAUGGAGUAGACCGUGUCUCUAUGGGCGACCUUUAUCAAUCGGGAGGAGAGCUCAGGAUAUACAUGUAACGACACCAAAACAUCAUCACGUAAUACCCUCCAACAGUAACUGAG